ACCAAACAGCCAUUAGUCUGCCGCCAACGGGCAAAGGGGCUAGGAGUUACGCCCCAACAGUCUAAUUCCCGAUCUCCUCGGACAAAGUGGCUCUGCAAAUCUGCGCUGUCAAGAAAUGACGAACGAGGAGCUUCUGGCAAAGCUGGAGGACUCCACGAAAGACGCCGCGCUUCACCAGCUCCAGACUCUCCACUCGAUCCUCCAACACCAAGCUGGUGUACGUUAUCUCUGGCCCUUUCUCUCAGGCUAUCAUGAGCCCAUCGACGCUGAAACUUUUCGCCGCUUAGUACCCUUGUCUAGCUACGAAGAUUACGCCGAUCACAUCAGUCGAAUGGCCAACGGAGAACCCGAUCACGAUCACCCUUUCCUCUCCGUUGACCCUCUCGUUUGUUUCUUUUACAGCUCUGGAACUAGUACAAUGAAGCCCAAAUUGAUACCAUACUUUGAUUCGGCUCUAUCAAAAGCUGCCUCCUACCUAGCUCACAAUGGCAGUAACUCAAUUUUUCGUAGGUUGAUUCCUCCAAGGCCUGUAGUGAAUAAGAUCCUUUGGUUUCUAUAUGCCGAUGAUUUUCCGACUACAAGAGGCGGGUUUAAUGCUGUGGCUGCUUCCACGUACCCUUUGCUGAAAAUGAGUAAAGCCAAGUGGUCUGAAGCUCUCUCCUGCACUAGUCCUCCAGAAGUCAUUUCGGGUACAAAUGUUAAGAACCAAAUGUAUUGCCAUCUUCUUUGUGCACUUAGAAAUUCUGAUUUAAUAGAUGGGAUUCGUGCCCCUUAUGCUAUAGGCUUAGUUAAAGCAUUUAAUCUGCUAGAGUCCAAGUGGGGGCAACUAUGUGAUGAUCUUGAAAAUGGGUUUCCGGAUAUGCAGAUUACUGAUCCUGCAAUGAGAGAAUCUGUUGCUAAGGUUCUCAGUGGGCCUCAACCUGAUUUGUCAAAUAGACUUCGAUCCAUUUUUGAGGAAAAGAAUUGGGGUGGAAUUGUAUCUAAAUUGUGGUCUAAUGUUCGUUAUGUUAAGUGUGUUACAACUGGAAGCAUGAAGCAUUAUUAUUCCAAACUCAAGUACUAUGCGGGAGAGGUAAUAAUUUUAGGUGGAGAUUACUUUGCAUCAGAAUGUCCGGUGGGUAUUAACUUGGAUAUUAAACAACCUCCAGAGGCGACCCGCUUUGCUAUGCUUCCAACUGCUGCCUAUUUUGAGUUUCUGCCAUUCGAUUUGAAUGAGGGCAGUGUUGUUGGAAAAGAAACUGUGAAUUUUUCGGGUGUUGAAGUAGGGAAGACAUAUGAGGUGGUUGUUACUACUUACAGAGGAUUUUAUCGUUACCGCUUGGGUGACAUUGUUAGAGUUGUUGGUUUUCAUAAUUCAACUCCAGAAGUGGAGUUCGUGAUGAGAGCUCCUAACAAUGCCUAUGAGGUAAUAACAGAGAGGGAUUUGAUGUCUGCUGUGGAGAGUUUUCAGCUUGUUAUGAGAAAUGCUAUUGCAGCAGAGAUUGUGGAGUUCGCAAGUUUCUUGGAUUUGGAAUUGAGUCCAAAGCAAUUGAAGAUUUUUUUAGAAGUUAAAGAGGGAUGCGGGCUUCUGCAGGAGGAGAAAUUGCAAGAAUCAGUUGAGUCUCUCAAGUGGUGUUGUUCCUCUCUUGAGAAGGGUUUGGGAGGUAUAUACAAGGUGCAGAGAGAUAGGGGUGAAAUAGGUCCUCUGUUGGUAUAUAUUGUAAAGCCUGGUAGCUUUGAUAGGAUAUUGCAAAUGGCAGUGGAGAAUGGAGCACCAGCUAGUCAAUAUAAGCCACCGAAGAUUAUUAGAAACAGCAGAGUUAUUGGUGUUAUGGAAUCAUCUGCUCUUGUGACUGUAUGCUUGGACUCAUUGGAUGGAUUUGAUCCCAACUAAUGAACUAAAGAGGUUUGCAAAGCCUGCAUGCCUUCAAGCUUCUACUGGUGAUUGAAAGAUGCUUGUCAAUCUUAUCUUACCAUCAAAUAAUACAUGAUCAAAGUUGUAUCAAAUUAGAGUGUAAUAGUAAGUGAACUAAUAAUUUUUUGAUGUUAA